AUGGAUCCUCAGUUUGUUAGCUCGUUGGAGAACACUUUAAAGCAGACCUUGACGCCAGACUCUUUGGUUAUCAAGGAGGCAUCACAAAAGUUGAGUAAAGAAUUUUAUCCUAAUCCUCAGGCAUUACCAUCGUUGCUCCAAAUAUUACAUGAAUCGGGCCAGGACGAGAUAAAACAGUUAGCUGCAGUUGAAGCAAGAAAGUUGGCCUUGGAUAACUGGGGAAAAGUUGAUUCGUCGUUGAAGGCAGGUCUUAAAGAUGCCCUUUUAAAAGGAACAUUUGCCGAGUCAAAAAAGAGUCUUCGAAACUUGUCUGCACGUGUAAUUGCUGCUAUUGCCGAAGUUGACUUGGAGGUAAAUGAAUGGCAGGAUCUUUUACCAAACUUGAUUACUGCACUUCAAAGUGGAGAUGCUCAUUUGAGAGAAGUUGCAACUUUUAUUCUAUAUGCAUUGUUAGAGUCGCAGAUUUCAGCUUUGCUCCCUCAUAUCGAUGACUUUGUGUCUUUGUUUGCUACUUUGAUUCGUGAUCCAGAGUCAAAGGAGAUUAGAGUCAAUUCUGUGUCAUGUUUAGAAGUCAUUGCGCAAAUCAUUGAAGACAAUGAUAGCGGCGAUGAUGAUCCACAAUUGGUGGAAAAAUUCAAAGCUACUAUUCCAGGAAUGGUGGAGGUUUUGAAAGAAGUGAUUACUUCUGAUGACUCCGAACUGGCAAAACAAGUGUUUAAUGUGUUUAAUAGUUUAGUUUUGGUUGAUCCAAAAUUGGUUGGCGAUCACUUGGUCAACUUGAUCCAUUUUAUUAGUCAAAUGGUUACAAAUAGAGAAUUGGACGAAGAAUAUCGAGUAUUUGGAUUGCAGUUUUUGAUAUCAUGUGUAAGUUAUAGGAAAUCUAAGGUGACAUCCAACAAGUUGGGACCCCAGAUUACCAUGGUAGCUUUGAAAGUGGCCACAGAGGAAAUUGAUAUUGAGGAUGAGUUGGAAAAUGAAGAUGAAGAAAACGAAAAUGAAGAAAGCGCACCUUCGUCUUUAGCUUUGAGAUUGCUUGCCGUUUUGUCUGCAGAGUUGCCGCCAUCUCAGGUAAUCAAUCCAUUAUUUGAAGCAUUGCCGCCAUUGUUCACUUCCGCGAAUCAAUUUGAAAGACGUGCUGCAUUAUUAUCUAUUGGAACAUGUUCCGCAGGCGCUCCAGAUUAUAUUUCAUUACAAAUACAGAAGAUCGUUCCUGCCUUGAUAAGUGGGUUGAAGGAUUCUGAAAUCAUUGUUAGGGUUGCUGCACUCAGAACGUUAUCACAACUUACUUCUGAACUUCAAGAUAUUAUUACCGAUUACCACGAAGAAUUGUUGCCUUUGAUAAUUGCAAUCAUUGACUCUACCUCCUCAGUUAUGGCAUACAAGUAUGCAUGUUUUGCUUUGGAUGGAUUGAUUGAGUUCAUGAGCCAUGACGCAAUGAGCAAGUACAUUGAGCCAUUGAUGCACAAAUUGUUCCACAUGUUGCUGCAAGCAAGUUCGUCAUCGUUAAAAACCGCAAUUGUAUCGGCCAUUGGAUCAACGGCAUUCGCCAGUGGAAAAGCAUUUACUCCAUAUUUCCAAGGGUCUAUUCAGCAAUUGGAACCCUUUAUCACUAAUGUAGCAUCUGUUGAAGGUAUGAGUGAAGACGAUAUUGAAUUGAGAGCUACUACUUUUGAAAAUAUCUCAACCAUGGCCAGAGCUGUUGGGUCUCAGAGCUUUUCGGCAUACGCAAAACCACUAGUUGAAGCUGCUUACAACUCCUUGAGUUCGGAACACUCAAGAACUAGAGAAUCGGGAUUUGCUUUUAUUGCAAACAUGGCCAAAGUUUACGGCCCUGAAUUUGCUGGGUUCUUGGAUCAAAUUGUGCCACAGAUCUUGACAUGCUUAGCGCAAGAAGAAUUUAGCUUCAACAUAGAAGGUCCUGAAGACGCAGAUGAGGAUGAUGAAGAAGCUGAUGUGGAUCCAUUAAAGAUUCAUACAGGAAUAACUAUCGAAAAAGAGAUUGCUUCUGUUGCAUUGGGAGAGUUGGCCAUUGGUACUGGAAAAGAGUUUUUCAAAUAUGUUGAGCCUUCUUUUGCAGCAUUGGCUGAACAAGUGGAGAACUCCUUUGGCAUGAGAGAGGCGGCCAUGAGCUGUUUAUUUAAGAUUGUGAAGGCAAUGUUUAUUGCUGUGCAAGGUAAAGAUUUCAAGCCACCCAAGGGGGUUCCUACUCAAUCAUAUGUUGAUGCCAAUAUCUUAGAGUUGAUAAAAAAGGUUAGAGGAAUAGCAAUACCGCUCUUGGAAGGAGAAUUUGAGUCAACAAUGGUUGCUUGUAUUCUUGACGGAGUAGCAAGUUCUCUUCAAGUGUUUGGUCCCAUUUUUAUAAUUGAUGGUGCCAAAGACACGGGAAGUUUGGAACAGUUGUGUUUUGCUUUGAUGAACUUGUUGAAAAAAGAACACCCAAGUCAAUUAGAAGAAGAGGAUUUGCCAGAAGAAGAGGAUGUAUCUGAGACAGAAGUUAUGCUCAACGAAUCUGCCUUGGAAGUUUUGAUCAGUUUGUCUAUUGCAUUGGAGGCGGAUUUUGUGAAAAUUUUCACUUCAUUUAAAGAUGUAAUCUUGUCCAAAUUCAAUAGCACUUCUAGACCAUUAAAAGUUGGGUCGAUUGGAGCAAUUGCCGAAAUGGUUGGUGGCAUGAAAUUUGCCAAUCCAUAUACGCAAGAAUUAAUUAAAGAGUUUAUUAGCAAACUUGCCAAUGACAAAUCUAUCGAAGUUAAGGGAAAUGCAGCAUAUGGUGUUGGAUUACUUGUUGAGUACAGUUCUGAAGAUACUACGUCAUUCUAUCCCCAUAUCCUUGAGUUACUAUUCCACUUGCUUAAGAAGGUUGACAAGAAAUCCGACUCUUUGGCAGAUGACGAGGAGGCAAAAGACGUGGUGAAUCGUGCGUACGCAAAUGCUUGUGGUUGUAUCUCCAGACUUAUCUUGAAGAACACACAAGCUGUGCCAUUAGAACAUGUUGUUGGGCCUUUAUUGGAUCAUUUGCCCUUGGAAACAGGUCUCGAGGAAAACACUCCGAUAUUCGAAACAAUACUUAAAUUGUACGAGAGCAACACCGAAGCAAUAGUAUCCCAAACACCCAGAGUUGUAGAGGUCUUUGCAGGUGUUUUCAAAGCAGAGAAUGAAAGACUCAAGUUGAUUGAAGAGAGUACUCUUGGCAGAGAAGAGAAUAUUGAUGCCAUGAAACAGUUUUCGAGUGAUAAAUUAAAGUCCAAGAUUGUGGAACUUUUGAAGUUCUUGGAUGGAAAAUUCAAUGGUAUUGUUUCAAGCAAUGAUGUAUUGAAAACAGUGGUAUAA